CCCUCAGCCCGCCUCCAUCCCGCGGGGGACUGCCGGGCCGCUCCCGCCCCGGGGGAGCGGCGCUCGCCGGUCGCCUGCAGGGCCCGCUCAGGCCGCUCGCUGAGGAGACUCCCCCACAGCCGCCCCGCCCGGUAACGGCCGCCCCCGCCGGGCGGGAGCUCGGCGCGGCACCGCCCCCGGCAAAGAUGGCGUGGCGAGCGCUGCGGCGGGUCGGGCCGGUGCUGGCGCCGCGCUGCCCGCGCUUUUCGCCGCUGCCGCGGGUGCCCGCGGCCCGGAGGUUAGCCACCAGCUCGCUGGUGCUGUCCGCCCGUAAAUUCACAGACAAGCAUGAAUGGAUAUCUGUCGAAAAUGGCAUUGGAACAGUAGGAAUCAGCAAUUUUGCACAGGAAGCAUUAGGAGAUGUUGUUUACUGUAGUCUUCCAGAAAUUGGGACAAAAUUGAGUAAACAUGAUGAGUUUGGAGCUUUGGAAAGUGUGAAGGCUGCUAGUGAACUUUAUUCUCCUCUCUCAGGAGAAGUUACUGAAGUUAAUGCUGCCCUUGCAGAUAAUCCAGGGCUCGUCAAUAAAUCUUGUUAUCAAGAUGGUUGGCUUAUCAAGAUGACUGUGGAAAACCCUGCUGAACUUGAUGAACUGAUGAAUGAAGAUGCCUAUGAGAAAUACAUAAAAUCCAUUGAAGAGUGAGCUGGAAUAUUAAAAUAAAUCCAUAUAAAAUAUUUCAGUGUAGUUUGUCAUCAAUCAGUGAAGUACAGAAUAUCCAGUUUUGGCAACCUGAAAAAUACCACUUAUGAUCAUAUAUACAAGGCCAUAAAUAAUUACAGUGAUACAAAUGUUUAACAUCUGCAUACCUGUGAGGGCUUUUUAUUCUGUUGUCUGAUUUUUGUAACUUCAGGAAGCUAUCUAUAAUAUUUUGGGAAACAAAAUUUAUUUGCUAAAUAUACUUCCCAAGAUUUGUUUGACAAUCAAAUCUAGUAACAACAGCCAUAAUAUGGUAAUUCUGUUAGGCACGACUGUUCUUGUAACCUGGACUGCAGCUUUCCUUGAAUUACUUUUCUCUUGCUCCCAAGAUACUGAAAAGCAGAGUCUCUCUAACCUCCUAAUAUUUUUCCUAAUUAUAGUUGCAAAGCCAAUACCAAAAAAGGAGAAGCUGUAUCAACUACCUCUUUGCAUGAUUUUUUUCUUCUUUACAGAAUUUAUUAAUCCUUUGUUUUCCUUCCUCAUUUUACUACAUAAUCAAAUAGUUCUGUCUUUGCAGAAAGUAUGGUCCUUCUGAUUUCUAUGCUUUCUUAGUAUGCAAAACUCAUGCAACAAUAGUUUAUCAAGGUUCUAGAGUGGAUUGUUUAGGCUGUGUUUUUUGUCUAGUAAACACUACCUAUGCCACAAGUAAUUAAGGAAUUCUACAUCUUGUGCGUAGCAGUUGUGGUGAUUUCAGAAGAGUAGGUAACUUGUGAAAAUUGUGUGAUCAGUAAUAAUUUGACAUAUAAUCUAUCCAUGUGUGUCUGUCUUUAAGAUCAAGUAGGUUCCCUGCUGUAAUGACAUCACAGGAAUGAAACUAAAACUUUCACUUUGCAAACGAGUAAACUAAAGCAGCUGAUUCCAUUAGACUUAAUAUUUAAUGAAUCCCCAAAUCUGCACUCAAAUUUUAUGUGACAUCUAAGGGUGAAGUUGAGUUGUACAGACCUGCACUUUAAGAAAACAUAAUAGUGCAGCAGAGUUUCGAUCUAAAACUUCUUUCCUCAAUUUAAAAAUAACAAUUAGAAGCUAAGCACAAAACAGGAACAAAAACCAAGUGUCUGUAAGUUGAUCUAAGAGGAAGCAGGGGAAUGUUUAAUCCAUGUGAGAUGACAAAGGCAAAAUUCAUAUUCCUGUGGAAGUCCCUCUCAAAAGCACAGCCCUUUUAAAGUACAGACAUACACUACAGAAACCUUUCUAAUGUAUAAAAAUGUAGAGCUUUCUUUUACGAUCUAAAGGGAUGUCAAAGUAAUUGAUGUUUUUUUGAAAUCCUAGGAGCUAAUUUUUCCUGAAAGAGUCAUAGAUAAAAGCCCUGCGGAGAGAGACUCCACGGUGUAUUUAAGAUAGUUUUGUCUUUUCCUUAGGAGUUAAACUGCAAAGUGACUACGAGGAAAGAGUGGGUUUGACUGUUCCACAGGAGUCCUCACUUGGCAGUGGCUGAUAAACAAAAGGCUCUGGUAAACUUAGUAUAAGUGCUUUAAAAACUGUCAGCACUUAUCUGCUAUUUGCAGUGUUAUGCAGUAUUUACUGUGACAACAUCCAGGGCCCGGAGAGCUGGGAGCUUGACCCUGGCCUCUUACAGACUCCCUGUGGCCGUUUGGAUCUUCCCUUUCCCUUUGCACUUUCCAAAGGGAAAGAGAAAGUUUGUUUCAAAUUAGCAUGUGUGCAGGCAAGGAGAUAGGAAUUUGAUACUGUUUCUUCCACCUUAUUUUGUCCAACUUUACUAGAAAGUAAUAGGACCUUCAUUCAUUGCCAUGUAAUAAUAUAUGACCCUUAUCCAUCUCCCUUUAAAGGUUAGUCUGGAACAUUGUAAUGCAUUUUAAUACAAUUUUUACCUUAAAAUGUUUGUAUUCUUUCCUUUUGAUCAGUGAAAUAUGAAAUAGCAAUUUCUGUAAUCCCCUAAGGAACCUGGGGAAUAGUAAAAACUAGCAAAUCUGAUCUCUUCCUCAAGCUUUGCCCUCAUCUGUGUAUUAGCAGUGUUUAAAAGAUUACACCUGAGUAUGGAUAAACGACAACUUUCUGGAGAAACCAUCUGAAACAGAAUUCAACCUUUAUUUCAUGGUGUACUGUUGGAGAAUGGAUGUCCUUUUGCUUAAAAAGGAAGACUAUGAACUUCUAGGGGUUUAUGUCCUUAAAGUGAUUUAUUAAGUUUCUCAAUUAAUCUUAAAAUGGGAACAAUAAUACCUAUGUGCUUUUCUUGUGUGGUUUAUGCUGAGAGCUCUGGUGUUCUGCAGUGGGUUAGGCCAAAGGAUGUCUAUGGGCGCAAAUACUUUUCUCUUCCUACAAUCCACUCAACUACCUGAAUUACUCUGCCAAAAGAAUCUAUUCUUCCUUGUUUGAUGUAUGCUAUCCAAGCAGAUCUCCUGGCUUUUAAAAUAAUCCUAUAACUUCACUACGUUCAGUAGCAGCAAGAAGCCUCAGGCAGACCACCACGCACUGGUUAGAGCCAGACUCUGUAAGAGCACGAACGCAAAACUUGCCAACAGGACUCUAUAAUGAAUGCCUUGGAGUAAAUGUGUGUUAGCUUUGGUCUAUGAAACAAUUUUAAAUGCUUUUGUAUAAACUGUAGGGGAAAACAUCAAACUUGUUCACGAGUGUGCGCUUUUACAAAAAAUGAAUAAAGGAGAUGAUUUUUUACAAAAAUAA